GCAUGUGUUGGCCGAGCCUUGGUUAGUUUAGUGGCGGCCGAGGAUGACCAUCGCCGAGUUGCGUCGCAGCUGGAAGGAAAGAAGGAUAUCAUUGCUACUCGCGACGCGGUGAUUGUCCAGUUGAAGGAGGAGUCCACAAAGAUGGAGGCCGAUUUGAAGGGCCAGAUUGCUGAGAAGGCUGCCGAGUUGGAGAAAGCAAAGGUGGAGACGUCGGCGCUGUCCGAGGAGAAGAAGACUUUUGAGGCCGAAGUGGCCGAUCUCAGAGCACGUCUUGCCGUGGUGGAGCAGCAUUUCAAGAUUUCUGAGGCUAAGCUGGUGGAAACUGAGAGGGCCUUAUCAGAGGAGAAAGCCAAUCAUGAAGCAGCUCGGAAAGAGUGCGUUGAGACUCGCGAACUUGUGGGUCGGCAGCACGACGCUCAUCAGGCCGAUAUAGCCAAGCUUGAGAAGGAGAAAUCUGAUUAUGGAGAGUUCAUGUAUGAGAAUGGAUUUCAGGCCGGGAAAGAUUCGGUUAUCGUGGAACCGAAGUCCGGGGAAAAUGCCGAGGUAGAAGUUAAUGAGGCCGGUGAAGAGGAUGAAGCCGGUGGUCCCGACCUCGAGAUUGAGAUGAACACAUGUCUGAACUUGAGGUGGAUCAUCGAACGCUACGAUGCCGGCUACUACAAUAUCGAUGACCUCCGCUUGUUUCUUUUUCAUAAGCUGGAGAAAUAUGGGUUUGAUUCGGAAAUAAAAGGAAUGCAUGUGGCGGCUGAUGAAGAUGAGCGAGAAUUUUGU